GUUAUGCAGCUGACAACAAAAUCAAAGCUGGCAUAAUUAUGAAUAUGAACAGUUUGUGGCCGCGACAUCAGGUCAAACGCCAUGCAUGAAUGAUCAACAAGAUAACAGGUGAUCAACCCAUGUGAAGCCUUAUUCUCAUAAGACAAGUCUAUUCAUUACAUUUAAAUCAUGGAGAUGCAAAACAUGGACUGGUCCAUCAUUCUCAUCAUCGUCAUCAUCAUCAUACUGCUGUACUUUGUUUGUAUGCGACGUCGCAGGAGGGUCGUCGUCCAACCCGUUGUUGUCAAGGAUGACAUGACGUCAUCUAAGUCAACCCUUAUAGAGGAAACUAUUACAACGUCGACAUCAUCGAGGACUUAUUCCAGUUACAAUGAUGGGAAGUUUGACAAGGUGGAUGGGACACACAAAAACAGAAUCAAGACGUUGCUUCGAACUAAAGACAUCAAGAGUGUGUCCGAACAGUUCAAGUCUCUCGGCGAGGUCGGAGACGCCAUCAGGGAGGCUGGGCUUGAGAAGUGUAACCUGAUAUUUGGUGUGGACUACACUGCCAGCAACUAUCAGCAGGGGAAGAAGACCUUCGGGAAGAAGUGCCUGCACGACAUCUCUGUCGCUGAACAGAACCCAUACCAGAAGGUUAUUCAAGUUCUUGGCGAGACCCUGGAACCAUUCGACAACGAGGGUGUGAUGCCGGCGUUUGGCUUCGGGGACAUGACGACCCGGGAUCAUGGCAUCUUCCCGCUCCGCCCAGAUGUAAGUGAUGAAUGUGGUGUGUGCUACGGCUUCAAGGAUGUGUUAAAAGUAUACAACGAGAUCACUCCUCGAGUUCGUCUCAGUGGACCCACCAACUUUGCCCCGCUUAUCAAACAGUCUGUUGAAAUCGUCAAGUCAACCAAAACAUUCCACAUUCUGGUAAUCGUAGCUGAUGGCCAGGUGACGAGUGAGCGAGCGACCACUGACGCCAUCGUUGAGGCCUCCCACUACCCUCUUUCCAUCAUCAUGGUAGGGGUCGGAGACGGCCCUUGGGACGUCAUGGACGAGUUUGACCAGAAGAUUCCAUCCCGAUCCUUUGACAACUUCCACUUUGUUGACUACCACAGCGUGAUCCAAGACGUGAAGAAUCCGUCCGCCUCCUUCGCCCUCCAUGCUCUCAUGGAGAUUCCUGAUCAGUAUCAGUCCAUCAAGAGGCUGGGUUUACUCAAUCUGUAAACUGAGCAACCAAGAGUUGUUUCCCUUGGACCUGUCUCCAUCACAUAGUAACAGCUUCAUUGGACUCA